AUGAUCAACCCAAACGCGCGCAUCGAAAAGGGCCUACCAAUGGGAAACAUCGAAUGGGAAAUGCUACGUUACGAUGUGCAUAACCCGUACGGCAACGAGGAUCUUUAUUACAAUAACUCUUGUCUUUGCAAAUGGGAGAUUACGCCUGAUCAGAUUGUAGGUCAUUGGGACUGGGCGACUCUGGUCGAGAACCCUCAUUGGUACGAGGCCGAGAUUUUACCCGCUUUCGAAGACCACAAUAAUCUUCUCUUGGACCGAAGUCAAAAGCGGCUCGGAAGGACUUCUCGCAUGUCGAAUUUACAUCAUUCGUUUCCCAAGUCCUUGCCGAAGGCUUUGUCUAGAGCUUUCAUGACAUCGGGUCAUCAUAAAGUGGAGCAUACUACUAGUACGUCGUACAUAGUAGGAGAGGAUUCAAACUCGGACACAUCGUCUAUUGAUGAUGACAGACUUGCCGGUGGCAUGGAUGCUGGAUAUGUUGAAGGCCAGGAUUCGGAUCUUUCGAAUAAUGACGGUACUGGACCCAUUCUCAAUGAAGAUGGGAACUUUCCUAACGACGAGUCUACUGGUUAUGCCGAAGAGAAAAAUGCUGGCUACACUGGGUGCUUUCCCGAGGAGGAAUCUACUGGCUAUUUCGAAGAAAAUGAGGAGGGUUUAGGUGAAACUGAUACUGGAUAUACUGGAUAUGAAGAUUGUGGCUUCUCGGAUCAGGGGGAUGAUGGAUACUAUAAUGGCGAUGAUUAG